CCACCAUGGUCGAACGAUAGAAGUCGGCAACGUGGCUGUCGUUCCACAGAAUGGGAUGAUGAUCGGGCCGAUGUUCCAACACUACCAUUACCACUUCCAUGUAUCAUGGAAAUAGACAAAGUCUGCAUCUCAAAGUUCAGAGUUCUGGAACGAAUAGUCCUGGAUCCUCUGUGUUUGACUUGCCAGUGACGGCCUCGCAGGAGAGAUAUCAGACUUCCACGCCAGCAUCAGCAAGUAAUACGCCAGCGGCAUCAACACAAGACGCUUUGUCGACGACCUCCUUUGUCGUAAUCUCGGGCGGCACUGGCGGUAAUUCAAUAUGCUCUGCCUUUGGAAAUGCGUGCUACAUCCUUCCUGUCUCUGACAACGGCGGUUCGUCCAGUGAGAUAAUACGCGUCCUCGGAGGGCCUUCGAUAGGCGAUAUAAGGUCUCGAUUGAUUCGCCUUAUCCCUUCCGCUCCCACUUCAUCUCCAUUGGACGCCAUCCGCAACCUUCUCGCUUACCGUCUACCUGCGCAUUAUACGGAACGGCAAGCACGUGAAGAGUGGAGAGAGAUUGUCGAAGGCCGAAGCCUUUUAUGGCAGGGUAUUCCGAACGAUAGAAAGGAAACCAUACGCGGCUUUCUCGUUUACUUUGAAAGUGAGCUCCUCAAACGAGCGCACAAGAAUUUUAACUUUGUUAACGGAAGCAUCGGUAAUUACUUUUUAGCUGCCGCACAAGGAUUUUUCAGAUCGCUUCCCUCUGCAAUAUUCCUCUUUUCUUCCAUCACAAACAGCCAGGCCAAUAUAUUGCCGGUGGUUGUGACAAACCAUACAGUUACUAUCGCCGCAGAGUUAGACAAUGGAGAAAGGCUCGUCGGACAAUGCGAGAUAUCGCAUCCAGUAGCCUCUGUAGCUCCGUCGAUCAAUUUUACUGAAGCUGAUUCAUGGUCACCAGAAGACGGUCUUGAGACCCAACGUCAGAACGUCAUGUUUGAGCCACAAGGAAAGGAUUCUUAUAAACCUUUGGCCUCAAGGAUAUCCAAGCUAUUUUAUAUUAAUGCAUACGGCAUGGAAAUUCAUCCUUCGCCUAACCCGGACUAUAUAUCAAGUCUAUCUUCGCACAAUGUUCUAGUUUUCUCCUGCGGUUCUCUUUGGACGAGUAUCAUCCCAUGCCUAUCUCUACGCGGAGUCGCAACGGCCAUCGCACAAUCACGUACGCUGAAGGCUAAGAUUCUCCUGCUAAACACCAAGAACGAUAGAGAAACGGAUGGGUACAGUGCGGAAGACUACAUCCUCGCUAUAUCACGUACUCUGAAUGCACCAUACCAACAUCGGUCUUAUGGUCUGGGUAGCGCCAGCACGAUCUACCCGGUUUCUGCUUUCAUCACUGAUCUUGUUUACCUUGAAGGAACAGACAUCCAUGUAAACAUUGAUCGAAUAACGGCAUUGGGCGUCAGGUGCAGCCGAGUUCGUUCAGAAGCUGGGGUUACCGAUCCGAAGUACGACGCAGCUUGCGUCAGGAAGGCAAUCGAUGUUAUUCUCGCGAGGUCCGAAUGACCGCUGGGUUGCGUCUGGCGAUUCUGUGGCGAUUCAGCGAUCUCUUCCUCUAUUCUCAAUUCUCAGAGACGGUGGAAAAGGGCCUAUCGAUUUGACCGUGGACCGGGAGGCUGGGAUACUACCCUUGUACGGAAAGUGUACGGUUAAUGUUUACUCGAUGCGUGGUUCUUCAUCAUUGGGGAAUGAGUAUCCGGGGUCGUUUCCACAUCUUAGGCCCAUUUAACAUAUUACGCCCAGUGACUGGCGAAAGAUAUUCAGGUGAUGCAGAGGGACAGUCUCGCUUCUAAUCCCGUAUACUUGAUGGACUGUACGGAGGUAGACUAACCACAAGUUGUACUUA